AACCUCAAGGCCGCCUACGAAAGGCAAUCAACCUAUUAUAACCUCCGUCGUAGGGAGGUGACGCACGAAGUUGGCGCGCGAGUGAUGCGACGACUUCACGUAUUGUCUUCAGCUGCCGACGCGAUUGUCGGGAAGUUAGCGCCGAAAUAUCGCGGCCCCUGCACAGUUGUUGGCUGUCGGGGAACUAACCUUUACGAGGUGCGUGAUGAGGACUCCGCGGCGGUGCAUGUGGUCCAUGCCAAAGACCUAAAACCUUUCUGUGCGCGCGUUUAGUGGUAAGGUGGUGGAGCUUAGUUGUGGCUACUAACUAACUCUGUAGUGACGCUUUAUUUUACUCUUAUAUACUAAUAUAGCCUACCUUAUCCCUUAACUGAUUUCCCUUCUAGCUUUGUAGUGCUUGUACCUAGCUUGUAGCGCCUGUACCUAGCUUGUAGCACCUGUACCUAGCUUGUAGUACCUAGCUUGCAUGGUCCCGCUUAGUUCUGGUUUUGUUGGGUAGGUACGAUGGCAUCCGAUCCCCGCCCGUCUACGCCGAGCCGAGACAUCCUCGACCCCGAGGACAUGGUGCUGGACCAGGAGAUCGGGGACUUCCUGGCGGCCAACUGGUCCUGGCCUUUCCGGGUGGACCCCGGGGACGUCCUCGACCUGGAAUGCUCAGACCUCGAGGAGGGGGAGGUCCCGGCCCGAUCAUCGCCACGGGCCACGGAGCCGUCUCCUCAGCCCGACCGACCGACCUCGCCGACGGUGGAUCCCCAGCCGGCCGUCGUCUCUCCGCCGGCUGCGUCGCCUACGCUCCGAGUCCGGUUCGCUUCGUCACCUCGGCGGCGGAUUCAGAUUUCUCCGCCCCGUUCUCAUCAUCACCCCGCCUCUCCAUCUCGUCCUCCUCGUCGCCCCGCCUCUCCAUCUCGUCAUCAUCAUCGCCCCGCCUCUCCACCUCGUCCUCAUCGUCGCCCCACCUCUCCAUCUCGUCCUCCUCGUCGCCCCGCCUCUCCACCUCGUCCUCAUCGUCGCCCCGCCUCUCCAUCUCGUCCUCCUCGUCGCCCCGCCUCUCCAUCUCGUCAUCAUCAUCGCCCCGCCUCUCCACCUCGUCCUCAUCGUCGCCCCACCUCUCCAUCUCGUCCUCCUCGUCGCCCCGCCUCUCCACCUCGUCCUCAUCGUCGCCCCGCCUCUCCAUCUCGUCCUCCUCGUCGCCCCGCCUCUCCAUCUCGUCAUCAUCGCCGCCCCACCUCUCCGUCUCGUCGUCAUCACCACCCUGCCUCCCCGCCCCGUCAUCCUCGCCGUCCUGCCUCUCCGCCCCAUCGUCGCUGCCGUCCCGUCUCUUCAUCCCGUCAUAGCUGCCGUCCCGUCUCUUCAUCCCGUCAUAGCUGCCGUCCCGCCUCGCCACCCAGUCGCCAUCCUGGCCCCGCCGCACUGCCUCGCCCAAGUCUUGUCUUGCCGACUCGUCGCCUGCCCGAGCGUCGCCGUCGCGACUCCCCUCCUCGCCGCCCCCGUCUGGGAGAAGCACCAGCUGGAGCCGGAGCGGGCCCAGCGCGCCGCAGACCGUCCCCCAUCAUCUGGGAACCAGCUCGACCGAGUGGCCUGGCCCGAGCCCCUGUUCGCCGGACAGAGCCCGAAGAGACGGUCACCGGGAACGCCCUUCCGCUGUCCCGGGCAGUCCUACUACGGCUGGUAGCCGCCUACAACCAGCUCACACCGGAGCAGCGGCGCAACAAACGCUGGAGAAUUAUGCUGGGAGGCGACCGAUACGUGCGGCUGCGACCGAGCCAGGUGCUGCGAGUCGUCCGAGGCCGACUGCCGGAGCUGAGGCGGCGCUUCCAGCAGCAAGGAGGCAAUCGACCCCGCUAAACCGCCCUGGGCAGUUGUAGGGGCCGUCGACUCCUAAUAACCACCUGGGAGGUGGUGCUAAUAGAACCCGCAGAAUAACCCCUGCCAGGGGUGAUAAAUCCGUACUACCCUACCUUCGUCAACCCCACCAUCUUCGGUUUUCUUCGCUCCGAGUCAUUUCCGUCUAGACCUCUGAGGCGAUUAGGCCUCAGACUGUCUACCUCAUUUCUAGGUUCGUCCGCUUUUCGUCGUCAACAUCCUUAACCACGAUCCUACUGUGGUGCCAUCUACAGGAAAGUUCAACAGUUUUUUUUUCUUUUCUCGGUUUUCUUUUUUUUGGUUCCGAAGUGUG